UCCCUGUUCAGUUGAAGAUUGCUAUGGUGUAACUGAAGUUGUAUUUCUCCCCCUCACCCCCACUCCCUUUCUUGUUCUGUUGAGAGCAGUAGCAUAAAUUUGUUAGAAAUAGUCUUCCCCCUCUUUAUUUCUUUCCUUGGACUGUCUGAGCCUGUAGAGGAUUUCACAGCAAUGCUGGACUGCAGUGACUACGUUCUAGACUCAAGAAUGAACAAUCCGUCAGAAACCAGUAAAGCACCAAUGGAGAGUGGGGAUGGGAACACAGGCACACAGACAAAUGGCCUGGACUUUCAGAAGCAGCCUGUGCCCGUUGGAGGGGCAAUCUCUACAGCCCAGGCUCAGGCCUUCCUUGGACACCUUCAUCAGGUCCAGCUCGCUGGAACAAGUUUACAGGCUGCUGCUCAGUCCUUAAAUGUACAGUCUAAAUCUAAUGAAGAAUCUGGGGACACCCAGCAGCCAAGCCAGCCUUCCCAGCAGCCUUCAGUGCAGGCGGCCAUACCCCAGACCCAGCUCAUGCUGGCCGGAGGACAGAUCACCGGGCUCACGUUGACGCCAGCCCAGCAGCAGUUAUUAUUACAACAGGCACAGGCGCAGUUGCUGGCGGCUGCAGUGCAGCAUUCAGCCAGUCAGCAGCACAGCGCUGCAGGUGCCACCAUCUCGGCCUCCGCUGCGACGCCGAUGACGCAGAUUCCUCUUUCUCAGCCAAUACAGAUUGCACAGGAUUUGCAGCACCUGCAGCAGCUCCAACAGCAGAAUCUCAACCUGCAACAGUUUGUGUUGGUGCAUCCAACAACCAACUUGCAGCCAGCACAGUUUAUCAUCUCACAAACGCCGCAGGGGCAGCAGGGUCUCCUGCAAGCGCAGAAUCUCUUAACGCAACUACCUCAGCAAAGCCAAGCCAACCUCCUGCAGUCUCAGCCAAGCAUCACCCUCACCUCACAGCCAGCAACCCCAACACGCACAAUAGCAGCAACCCCCAUUCAGCCACUUCCACAGAGCCAAUCAACACCAAAGCGAAUUGAGACUCCCAGCUUGGAGGAGCCCAGUGACCUUGAGGAGCUUGAGCAGUUUGCCAAGACUUUCAAACAAAGACGGAUCAAACUUGGAUUCACUCAGGGUGAUGUUGGGCUCGCUAUGGGCAAACUCUAUGGAAAUGACUUCAGCCAAACUACCAUCUCUCGCUUUGAAGCCUUGAACCUCAGCUUUAAAAACAUGUGCAAGUUAAAGCCACUUCUGGAAAAGUGGCUCAAUGAUGCAGAAAAUCUCUCAUCUGAUUCAGCUCUCUCCAGCCCAAGUGCCCUGAAUUCCCCGGGGCUGGGGAUUGAGGGCUUGAACCGUAGGAGGAAGAAACGCACCAGCAUAGAGACCAACAUACGUGUGGCCUUAGAGAAGAGUUUUCUGGAGAACCAAAAGCCUACCUCGGAGGAGAUCACCCUGAUAGCUGACCAGCUGAACAUGGAGAAGGAGGUGAUCCGCGUUUGGUUCUGUAACCGGCGCCAGAAGGAGAAAAGGAUCAACCCACCCAGUAGUGGUGGAACCAGCAGCUCUCCCAUCAAAGCAAUUUUCCCUUGCCCAACCUCACUGGUGGCAACCACGCCAAGCCUUGUGACAAGCAGUGCAGCUACUACCCUGACUGUCAACCCUGUGCUCCCUCUGACUAGUGCUGCUGUAACUAGUCUGUCAGUCACAGGCACAACAGAAACCACCUCCAACAACACAGCAACCGUGAUCUCUACAGCACCUCCAGCUUCCUCAGCAGUGACUUCACCCUCUCUGAGUCCUUCCCCUUCUGCCUCAGCCUCCACUUCCGAGGCAUCCAGUGCCAGUGAGACCAGCACAACACAGACAACCUCUACUCCCUUGUCCUCCCCUCUUGGGACCAGCCAGGUGAUGGUGACGGCAUCAGGGUUGCAAACAGCGGCAGCAGCCGCCCUACAAGGCGCUGCACAGUUGCCUGCAAAUGCAAGUCUCGCUGCCAUGGCUGCUGCAGCGGGGCUAAACCCAGGCUUGAUGGCACCCUCACAGUUUGCAGCUGGAGGUGCCUUACUCAGUCUCAAUCCAGGGACGCUAGGUGGUGCUCUCAGCCCAGCUCUGAUGAGCAACAGUACACUGGCAACCAUUCAAGCUCUUGCAUCUGGUGGCUCUCUUCCAAUAACAUCACUGGAUGCAACUGGGAACUUGGUGUUUGCCAAUGCUGGAGGUACUCCUAACAUCGUUACUGCCCCAUUGUUCCUGAACCCUCAGAACCUUUCUCUGCUCACCAGCAACCCAGUUAGCUUGGUCUCUGCAGCUGCCGCUUCCGCAGGGGCCUCUGGACCAGUCGCCAGCCUUCAUGCCACCUCCACCUCAGCUGAGUCCAUCCAGAACUCUCUCUUCACAGUGGCCUCUGCCAGUGGGGCCACUUCCACCACCACUACUGCCUCCAAGGCACAGUGAGCCGGGCUGAGCUGUGCUACCACCAGCCUGUUUCACUCUGCAGUGGGAUUGGCUGCCAGCUGGGUUUAUAAACUGAAAAGUGUGAUCGGCUUCCUCUCGCCAUGUUGCUGGGGACAAGGGAGAGACGGAAAAAUAUAAAAACAAAACAGGAAGGAUUUAAAGCUGGGACAGACAUUUGCCUAAUUUUAUAAUAAACACUGUCUUUUCAGGAUCGCUUCAUGGAUCGGAGAGCUUUCUAACCAAAAAUGUAAAAAAACAAAAAACAAAAAAACAAAAAAAAAGUGAAAGGACUACUUAUCAUUUCCAGCAGUCACAAUGACAAGUUAAGGUGGGUUAUCAACUCAAACAUAGGAAGGGGAUUUCUUAGUUCUUUUGGUCUAAAUAUCUUUUUUUUUUUUUAAUUAUCAUUUUAUAGGUCUGUUGUACAGGCCGUUAUGUCAUACAAGGUGUUUAUAAUCGUAUCAAUCGUGUUGGGGGUUCCUUUCUUAACUGGUACAAUUUAGGCAGGCCUGUAUUACUGGUGUAUCUCUAUUAUUAUUAUGGUUAUUAUUAUUAUUAUUAUUUUUAUAUGUAUGGUUUGGACGCAUUUGUCUUUGCUCCUGGAUCGUUUUCAGUGAGCUCCCACGCCAUGAGGAGAGGGGAGAGAAAGAGGGAAACAUGAGGAGGCUUCCUGUCCUAAUCUCCUGGGAGUAUUCCUCACAGUUUCCUCAUCCUUGAACUUGUUUUACAGUGACUUAUACAGAGGUAUUGAGAGAGAGAGAUUAUUUUCACCACUUUUGCAGGAAGCUCGAUGUAGAGGCAGCAAGUUGUGUGCAAAUCUCCAGGCUAGUCUGUGCUUUUAUGGUGAGGGAGGUAGAAAUAACUUCUAUACUACAGCUCUCCUUCAUCCAACUACUUAGGCUAAAGGGCCAAUUUUGCUCUGAGUUGCAUGAGCAGGAUUUGGCACUUAGAGCCCAGACUAUUUCAGACAUCUGUUUUGGUGGUUUUGCUGUAUUGUUAGGAUUUUGCCCCUUUAAAAAAAAAAAAAAUCCUAGAAAUGCAAAGUUACCUGAGGAUGCCAAUAUCACUAAUAUCUAAAGGCAUCCACAGUCCAAGUUUCCUAGCAACUGACUUGGCACAGGAUUUUGAAAGGUGAAACUGGCUUCUCUAAUCAAAGGAAUAUUCCCUUGCAUGUUUUUUGUUGUGUACAGGAAGCUGCAUUGGAACAGUUUUCCACUGGCAAGUGCUUCUAUCUACAGGGAUAGAUGUCAGGUCUGUUGGAACAGAAGUUGCUGCCAAUUUCAUGCCAACACAAUCGUAAGAAAGCACUCUCGGCUUCCUUGCGCCCUUGUUCUGUUUUAAAUAGCUUGUAGGUUUUUUUUCUCUACCACCCUGCUUGGUGCUUUGGAAAUAAGAGACAGUGACCAAUCAGCUGGAAUUGUCCAGCCUGAUGUGGGAAAUAACACCAGACUAUCUAGUCAACACUGGGACUUUGCACACAUCUUGGUGUUCUCACAUGGUCUCUGAGAAGUGAUGUUGCUACCUUGAUCAAAAUGGCAAUAAGCAUCUCUGACUAGAGGCUCAGUGUUGGCUUGCUGACGUAGCUGUGUCUCUAGGGUUGUUUCCAAUCCACAUAACAAGGAGCAUCUCAGAACAGAGAGCUUAUGAGAAUGGAUGAGGAAGAAUAGUAGGUUUCCAGAGGUUAGUGAUGUAUAUUUUUUAAUAUACCAAUCGAGUUUCUGAACCAAAAAGAUUUCUAAAGAGAAGACUGGAUCUCUGCAAUGCAGUUCACUUUGAACUUUCCAUUCCUGUUGGAUUUAAAAGUUUCUGCCAUGUGUUUAAAACACAUUUACACUCAGUUAGGGAGGGUGUCACAAGCACCCCCUCUGUGUUUGGUUUUGGUUUGGGGGGUGGUGUCACCAGGGAGUUUCAAGAUAGCAAGUUUAUGUAGUUAGGUUGGCUUUUGCUGAUCAUCAAGGGGGAUCUUGGAAUCUCUUACCACCUGAGAUCAAUAAGACAGCAACUUAAACCCAACAUACACUUUGGUCUGUGACCCAAGUGUGUGGGAUUUACAUUUAUAUUCAAAUGGCAGAAACUCUUAUCUCUUCUUCCCCUCACUCAUGUUUUCUCUGUUCACAUCUUACUCUCUCUCUCCACCUUCCUGUUUCACAGAUUAUUUAAAAUAAUUAUCCAUAAAAUUUCAAAACUAGUGAACUGCAAGCAGGGAAACUAACAAAUGUCCGUCCACCAUUUGUAAUGUGUUCUUGAUUUUUUUUUUUUGUUUUUGUUUUUUAAAACUAAGCUUGAACCAAAGUCAAUUUCUAGCAAGCUGCUGUACUAAUGGACUAGUUUGUAUAAGUGCAGUUCAGACGCAGAGAGGCGAUAGAUGCUACUGACAAUUUCUUUUUCAUUUGUCUUGUUUUUUAUUUUAUAUAAAAGUUGCUGCUUGUUUUAAUCUUUUUUGGGGGGGAUUGAUAAUUUGUAUAUCCUUGGGGCAGACUCUUAACUUGGUUUUUUUAACUAGGGUUUUUUUUGUUUGUUUGUUUUGGUGUGUACAUAGAAUGGCAAUGUCAGGUGAUUACUAAUCCAAGUGGUCCCCCACUCCUCCACCCUACCGGUUAAAUAAAUUUAAAUAUUCUGGUGUGAUUGAAGUCUCUGUGACUUCAGUCUGUGCAGAAGAUUUUAGGGCUAUGAAUAAUAUAGAAUAUAAAUUGCCCAUAGUGUAACAGCUUUGGAGCAGUAAAAGGUAUAGAUGGGUAUGAUUCAGGGAGGGAGAAGUGGAAGAGGAGAUGCUGAUUACCCACUAUGUUGGUCUAGAGGCCAUAGCAUUGACUAUAGUUUCUACCAAAGGAAAUAUCAGUCCCAUGGGACUUGUAGUCAGCCAAGUAAGAGGGCAGGAAACGCUGCAGCUACAAUGCUUGCACUUGGGUCUGAAAAUUCCCAGUCACCUCCAGGCACUCUUAAAAGUAAAAUUUACCAAGAGCCUGUUUGUUAAAGGGCAUUCGGAUGAUAUCCUCUCCACUGUAUCCUCUGUUUUCUGAUGGAUCUGGGGCUGGGAGGUGAGUCCUAUGCGUUUAUCUAGGAAAUACAAAGAAUUUGGGCCUUAAAUCAGCAUAAAAACCUCUCUCCGCAGUUCAAAGGGACUGUGCCAUCAGUUGUCUAGAUGAUUUUUAACUUCCCAUUCUUGUUGGUUUGUGGCUGAGAGGGGGGUGUGAUGCAUACAUAUCUGGAACACUAAUGCAGCUUGGAUGGUUAUUUAUUAUAAAAAAAUUGAUUUUUCCUGAUUCCUUUUGCAUUGGUCACAUGGCUUUGGUGUGAGCACCUUAAACUUUCCCUCCCUCAUCCUUUGCUAACCAAUCACCCUGUAAGGGGCCCAGACUUCAGGGAGCUUCUUAGUGGUCUCUUCUGAAAGAAAUUGGAAACUUUAAGUAGCCACAUGUCCAAGGAGGUUUGGCUGAAAUGCACUUCUUUUUGCCCUGGGUAACUGGCAGUAGAUUGUCCUAUCCUACCACACCUUCCACUCCCCCCUUGGCUCAAGCCCAGUGUGUUUUUAUUUCCUAUCAAAGAACAUGUCAAUGUCUGAUUGUAGACCUAUUGUUCAGUAGGUCUGCCUGGACCCUGCUCAUCAUUGGUAGUAUUGUUUCCUAUUGUGGACGUUGGUCACCUCUACUAUUUUAGUUAAAGGACAGAGGAGAAGAACCCAGAGAUGAGGUUGCAGUGGCAUUAUAUUUGCGUAGUAAGACUAUACAUGCACACUCUUUCAUAACUUGAGAUGGAUGAAUGAUCGGGUAUUGGAAUGUGGUGGAAAUUGCUGUUUUAAACCUUAAUCAUGACUGCAACAGAAACUGAAGUGUCUACAAGGAUAUUCAAUAGUGAUUGGUGAAUUAGAGACUGAGGAUUUAAGGAUUGGAGUGGAAAAGUAUUGUCCCACAGAUUCAAAAAUUAGCCAACAGCGGCUGAGGGCAUUAUUUUGCAGUUGAGGUUACUUUUCCACCACAAAGGGUGAUAGUUUACUCUUUAUAAUCCAAAAAUACAAGUCAAUAUAGACGUCUUAGCACAAAUGGUUUUCUGUUGCCCAUAAAUGUCAUCAUCUGUCUUAAAUCCAUCACUGAGUGAAUAGACUGUUCCUUUGUUGUUUUAUGGGAUUAUCUCUGAGAAUUUUGAAUUCAAUAGACUUUCGCGUGCGCACACGCACACACAGAAAUAAAUAAAAUCAGGUUUCAUUGGCCAGGACCAGAAGAAAUUCCUUAAAGCCCUUGUACAUGGAAGGGAAAAUUGCAAGUUAUCUAGUCAUCUUUCUGUACCACAACUCCAUAAAAUUCCAUAUAUGUAGAUGUCUGGGCUUGUUUUCUCAUUUCCAAGCAUAUCUUAUAGCAGGUAAAAGCUAGUGGGACAGACCGAUUCACUUUAUAAUCUCCAAGGACAAUUAGGAUAUGUAUAGUAGGCCCAGGAAGGGACAUAUGUAUGAAGAAACACAAGAAAUAAACACCUCCCCAAAAAAGAUAUGAAGAAGGGGAGAUACACAAAUGUUUCUUCAGGAAAAAGUCUUAAAAGGGUGAUGGUCAUGUGAAUUUUGGUAGAGAACUCAUUCAGGUUUGGUUCAGACAAAUCUGAACCACUCAGUUGACCUCUGCCCCAGUAGUUAAGGGAUGAAAGAUUCAUGUAUUGUUCACACACCUGCACAUACUCACCUUCAGAUGGAGUCUCCUGACAAAUGUGAAUUUUGUGAGGAAUCCUAAGCCAGUUAAAAAAGAAUAUUAGUUUAUUUACUGACUUGUUACGUAGUGUAUAUGCAAGGAAUGCUAUAUAUAACAUGCAUGUGUGUGUAUGUAUACACAUGCACUAUUCCAGUUAGUACUGAGAUAUACUCCCUACAUAAGAAAAAUCCUGGUUUAUAAUAGUUUUUGUAUUGUGCUCAGAGCCUAAGUACAAUAUACUUUACAUUUUAAAAAAUUGUUUUAAUUGGGAGACUCAUGACAACACAUCAUUGCCCCAGACCUACUCAAAUAUAUCCUCUGCCUUCAAUAAGUAAAGUAACACAAAUUAAUUAAAAGCCAUAUUAGACCCAAAAAAACACUUUGCCAUGAAGUCCAUAACACUUGGGCUUUGAUGGACUAUCAGUGGGAACACAAUGGAAAGUAGAGGGUCCUCAUAUGAAAAUGCUCUGCUGGUAAUACUGGACAGCUGUGUUCAAGUCACUAAUAAGACCAUCCAUCAGAUUUUAACUGUUGUGAUACAGCCCAGAAAUGGAGACAUUCUCUUCAGGAAUUUGAAUCACAUGCCCUUGUAGGCUUCAAAAAUUCCAUCUUUGAAUUUCACCUGGAAGUGAACUGGCUGUUAUGGCCAUAAUGGAGAGAUUUCUAAAGAAAACAUUCAGGAUGUAUGUAAUAAUACAUAUGUUAACUUACUUGGAAAUGCAUUUUGUCAUUUGUUGCCCCUUUUGGGAUAACAAAUCUUGAUAUUAAUCUCAACAGAAGUAGGAACAAUAUAUGAACUCACAUGUUACAUGGCCUUCCGUUUGUGCUGAUUCAGCUUUCCGCUGCCCCUCCACCCUCAUCUCUUUCUUGAUCUUCUUCCCCGUACAGCAUGGGAGGAGGUUAUUUUAGUCUAUCGAUUACAUGAAAACAAAAUGUAACUUGGAUCUAUCGGUGAUGUCUUUCCAGUGGACUUCUUAAAAAUCAAAAUAAUUUAGGCAACUUUUUAAGAAAAAAAAAAAGAGGGAGGAGGAGUAAGAGACUCUCCUUGUGCUCAGGGGGCAGCGGAGGAGUGCCUGUUACCAAAACAACUUGAGGGAAUUCUCCCUGCACGUCGGUAACAAUGAUUAGGUCAGUGAUAGUGAUUUACUGUUUUCUCUGAGGUCACACAGCAUAAAGCAUAGGUUCAUCCAUACCUUUAGGUUGUGGCCUCUGAAAAUAAGUAGCUACUAUUAUAAAGAACAUCACUGAAGAGUUAGAAUUUUUGUUGUUCCUCUAUUGGUUUAAGUAGAAAAUACCCAGCAGUCCACUGGAGCAGAUUCCAUUUUUCCUCCUGGUUGAGGUGUUGAAAGUGCAGAAGUGCUGAGUCCUCUAUAAAGCAUAUUCUUGGAGUAGAGUAACAUUCAAUAAAACAAAAAGACCAUUUUUUUUCAUAAAAGAACAGAACAUCUUAACUCCAUUGCAGUUGGAGCCAUAUAAUGGAGGCACAAAUGACUUCCAAUUUACCUUAAUUGCCAACACAUAAUAUUUUGCUAAAUAAAAUUGUCCUCUUCCCAAUUUGAAACCGUACUUUACAAAAUUGUCAGAAAGGAGCUCUUUUUGUAAUGGAAAUAGAGGCUUUGGGACAGACUAAAUACUGCAUCAGAUCCUAGCUAUUGAUGACAUUUGGUUCAAAAAAAUAGCAUUUCCAAUUAUCUUAUUGUUAUCUUUUGGCAAAAUCCCUAAUGUGAACUCUUAACACGUCCAUUUAACUGUGGUAUGGCCAGUUAAACUGAACUCUGUUGUCUUGAGGAAGAAUAGGAUUAUCUUCAGUUUGUAUGUACAUGUGUACACACACACAUAUAUUGAGAAUAAAUUCAGUUUGGUCUUUUAUAUACUCUCUCGCUUAUAGAUUAGACAUUAUUAAAGGAGGAAUCGGACUGGUCGAUGAAUGCAUCCAUUAUAUAGUUAUCCAUCUGUAACCAGCCUGCUCUGGAUUUGUUAGCCAGUUUUUACAAAAAUAUGACCCAGAAAGUUGUUAAAACAAUUCACACUUCAAGAAGUGCAAUUGCACUCUUUCUACUUCUUAGAAGAGUCAAAAUCAACUCCUAUUGAUGUCAGUAGGAGUCUCCCUUGCCUUCAGUGGGAGUUGAAUCAGAUCAUAGAGUAUCUUAGACACUUUACAAUGGAUCUCCUAUCUUACAGAGCAUUUAACAUGCAAAUGUCUUUGGUACAACCACCCUUCUUUUUGUGUACUGUUAAGAUACAGGCAUUGCAUGUGGACACAGUGUGAUCUGCUCUUUUUUCUGAUCUAACGCAAAUCUGCUGGCUGUUUGACUCAUGAUUUGCAAAUUAUUAUGUUCAGUAUCUUAUGUAUUGCCACCCAUUCAGAAUAGGAUCAGAUUCCAUAAACCUAAAAGCAGUUUACGUCAAAGAGCAGUGAAAGGAAGGAAAUGUGUAUACACAUGCAUGCACCCAUAUAGCUCUACACAUGGACAGUACAAUAUAAAAACACGAUUGUUCUCUUCUGACUUUCAUCAUCAAUGAGGAGGCUAAGUGGAAUAAUUACCACUUGCCAUGUGACUCUAUCCUGCCUAUAAUUAAGGUGGUAAUAGAGUUGAGCCUUCAUGUAUUCUUCUUAACAGUUUGGUAUGUACACACAUUCCUGCUUUCGUCCCUAGCCAGUAAAUCCAGAUGGCAAUCUGAUUGCAUACUUGUACCAAUCCAACUCUGUCCUCCUUUUUCUUUCUCUCAUAUGCAUGCCCAUACCCUGAAUGAACAGACUACUCUGAGCUUUCAUUCCCUUGGGGCUCCAUCUGGAGGGUUUUAGAGACUGCUGUGGAACUACAAAUAAUGUUAUCCUUGGGGAAAAGAGAGUAUGUGGUACAGAAUAGAUUGGUGUGGUCAGGUAUGUCAAAUGUACCAGAUAUGGCUUUUCUGACUAAAUUCCUUUUCAUGGAGCAUCUCUUGGGCUUUAUGCCAGUACUCCCUGCAAAGUAUGCUUUGCUUGGGUGAAUCUCCUUGGAAGACAUUUCAGUUCCUGUCCCUGAGUAAGUGGAGGGUCCUCAACUGGAAUAAUCUGGGUCCCACUCCUUCCCUUCCCUUCCCUCCCCCUCCUUCAGUAAGAGGUAGCACCACAGAGAUGUGAGAACAAUGCUUGUGGGUAGCAGCUGGCUUCUGGCACCUUCAUAAAAUACCUCAGCAUAGCUUAGCAUUGUCACAGAACUGAAAAAUCAGAAGAGAAAAACAAACUUUAUAAAUAGUGGAGAUAAUUCUAGCUGUAGAGUUUAGUUGAACUGAUGUUUAUUAUGAUUGAUAAACAUGAUUAUGCUGUAUGUAUUCGAGAUCCUGUUGAUAGGUUACAACUUUAUAGGGUUGGGUGGGGGCGGGUGGGUGUUGGGGAGGGUGGGGGAGCGAAGGGAGUUGACUCUGUUAGAAGGAAAAUGUUGCUCAUGAAUUUUUUUCCUUGUAUCUGUCUUGCCAAAGGAAACAUUUUGUUGCUCCUGGGUUUGGGAUUGUUGUUUGGUUGGUUUAUCUGUGGUCUAAUCUGCAGCACAGCACAUGAUGGCAUGCAGGUUACUGAUUGGGUGGCUGUUCAGGGUCCUUUAGGUGCACACAUGCUUUCCCCUCCCUCCCUGCCAUUUCCUUAUGAAUAAUAAGGGUCUUUGUAGGGAUCUAAAGAUCAGGCAAGGUGUAUAUAUAUAUAUUGGGAGCUUGGGGGAGAGGAGAUGAAUAUAUUGGGUCAGAUUCAGCCUAGGUAUACAUCCAUUUUAGCCAGUGGAGUUGCACCAGGGCUGAAUUGGGGCCAUGGCAUUUAAGUUUGGGAAAGAGAGAACAGUUGUUGCAUCUUAAUCUGAGAGAGCAAAAUGAAACAGGUUCCUUUUAUCCCCCUUGUCUUGUUACUGAAUGUAGGGCUUGUAGUGCUUGAUAAUAGGUUGAAAACUUUUUAAACACUUCCUUUUCUAAAAGCAAUGCUAAUCCUGUCUAGACCAAAAACUACAAAAGAAAAAACCAAACUGAGAAGUGAAAGCUAACCUGCUCUUAGCACCUGGCUGGUGUACCUGAAAGGAUCGAAAUACUGUGAGUCAGUCUGGGGGGAGGGGUGUUUGGGGAGGAGGGAAGUGCAUUCUUCUCAUGGUGUUUGUCUUGACUUUGGGGUGGGAGUACUGGGGGAAGUGGAGAUGACUUGGGAGGGAUUCCUAGCCUCUUCCAUCCUGACUUCAAGGCAUCCCUUCCAUUCUUCCGACUUCCCUAAAGAGGGGUGGGGGUGGGGAGGUGAGUGCGCGAGUGAGUUUUUGAGUGGUUGUGUGAAUCUAAAGAGGUGAAUUUCUAAGGAGCUCAGAGCUCCUUUGGGAUGGGAGAAUUUCCAAUGGCUUGGUAGGGAACCAAAGGCACUGAUAAGUCGUCAAAUCUGCUGUUGUCAGAGCAGAUAAGAGGAAAAGCUGGGCCUUUUUCGCGCUUUGGGUGGAUGUCCCUUUCUGCAAGGAUCUCAUCUCCUGUAGGUGUUGCCGCCUUUUUGUGCAUAGGGAUGUUUUGGCUCUGUGAGGACAAACUGCAAAUGGGGAUUGCUCAAUGCGGCAGCUUAGGUCUCAGCUGCUGCUGGAAAUAGGAAAAACUGUUCCCUUCAAAUAUGGAAGCAGGGUUACCAAGGUCAGAGUCCCUUCCAACAUCCUGCAUGUGCUGUCUUUCUCUUCUAAAGAUGGGGGACCCAGGAGACUCUUUAUUUACUCCCCAAAAUAGCCAUGUACAUUGUCAUGCAUUGUGCUAUUGGGUUGAGUUGUUUUAUCAGUGAACCUGGCGAACGCUUGUGAAGAAAGGGAAAGGGUGGAAAAUAGAUUAAUUGUCCAGCUACUCUUCCUCCGGAAACCAAUCGGGUUGCAGAACUUCACUGAAAGCUUUACUAAUAGAAUUGUUGUUCUGACAUUAUGUAAAAGUGGUAUUAAUAUUGUGUGACUUUUCAAAGAGCUAGAUAGAUUUAUAGGUAGGUAAUAGGGAUAUUGAAGAAAUGACUUCUCAAUUAUAAGAGCACUUGGAACAAAAGAUGUGGAAAACAAGGUGUGCUUUAAGGUAAACAAAUCUGAGGAAGGAAAUGAAACAACCUGGGCGAGGGAAGGGAGGAUGAUAUCCUUUGGGAUUCCUCAGUGCUACUGAGUUGUUCUGCCCCAGGCCUGGAGUACCCCCUCUGCCUUAUUUCAUCUCUCUACCAAACAAGACAUUGUCAAAUAGCUCAGGCCAAAAAUGUAAUUUACCUGAAAAUUGUUCUAGUCUGCUGGGGAAUUUUUCCCUCCAGAGUUUUAUCUAGACCAUAAAAUAAUGUUUAAUCCUCCACACUGUCCCCAAGAACUAACCCCUUCCUCCCCCUCAAAAAAAUUCUCAAUCUAAUAUUGUGGGCCCCACUAAAAAUAUUGCCCCCUGCUGAUUUUUGUAGCAGCAUCUAGUUAACAAACAUUAUUCUCUGAGCUGUGCUAAUGUUAUGGAUGGUGCUGGCAUGCUAUGGUGCUAUAGAAAUCCUAAGUUAUUAAACAAAGAGGAUCCUAUUUUGGCUCCAUCCAGGACACUGGAAACUAUUUAUGCCAAGUCAUAAACCCUGGAAAUCACACAGCCCCUUCAAAAAUGAAAGCUCUUAUAAAAAUCAAACAAAGCAUCCUUGAUAGUGUCCUUCAGAACAAGGCAGAUUAGAUUUAAAAAAAAAAAAAAAAAUCAGUCCUUUCCCAUGGUCUCCCUCACUGUGUUGGUCCUGGUGCCUUCUUUGCACAAGUGAGCUGAAGGAUGAAAUCUCAGCAAGCUGAGACACCCAUACAGACUCAGAGCCCAGCUCUGCUACCGUUUGAGAACUGGGAGCAGGGCUGGACCCUCAUUUUGCAACAGGGAGAGGAAAGGGGCACUGCAGAACUGCCUGCCAUUGGUUUGGAGUAAUGUGAAUAGGGCAGUUCUGGUGGGGGGCAAGUGCUGAUCACCUUGGAGAGCAUCACGAGCCCACUUUGUCGGAAGGAUCAGUGCAGUAGCCAACCCCAUGCCUGCCAGUGCUGCUGUUGUUCCAUUUCCUUCCUCGGCAGUGGUGUCUAAGGCUAGGUGUGAGUAGGUGUGGGGUGUUUAUCCGCCACAGGUACAGGAGCUGUCGUAUACCUCAUUUCUAACUCGUAACUGAGUAACUUGCUUUAACUUUCUCCAAACCCUACAGAGUUGCCAAGUCUGCCCUCCCUCCCUUGAUUAACGUUGAACUCUGGCAUAUAGCAGCCCGUGACCUGCAACCUGGGGAGUGACCCCCUAAAGCCUCUGAAUGUCGCUGCUUAAAAGCUACUGCAAAAUGAGGGCAAAUUGCAAUCUUAUACUAUUUCUUUUGGUUACAAGGGGUCCUCUCGAUUAGUCUGUGAAUAUCCAAAGGCAGCCUCCCUCCAAUCUGUGCAUGAAACUUCCACAACUGCCUUUCCCCGCUCUCCUGGUGUCAGGACUACACUGAAACUCCAGGGUCGGGCAAGCCCCUGAAGGUUUCUUUCAGCUGAGUGCUGCGUACACACUACUCAUCCAUUUCUUUUUUUCCUUUUUUCUUUUUUUUUUUUAAAAAGGACCAAAAAAGAAAAUUUUCCAAAUAUUUAAUUUUCUUUUUUAUUAUUUGACAAUCUUGUAUCCUCCGGGCUGUCCAGAAGCUGCAUCCUUGAUCCCUUCCACCUUUACUUUGAAUGUAGUUCCUCCACCCCCAUGGGAAAGAGAAGCUUUGACAGGUCACGAUGCGCUGCUAUAAGCUGGGGGGGGCGGUUUCUUUGUUUUGUUUUGUUCUUUUAAAAUUUCCAGCCAAAACCAAAGAUUUCCUAAUGAUUGUAUAAACUCAAAACAAACAAACAAACCAAAGACAAAGGGGCGUCUUCAGCAAUCCCAUCUGCGAGGCCAGCCCUGGUAGAGGAGGAAGGGGUUCCCAGCAGGCUGCUAAAGUGGAAAGACUGGCUUCCCAUGGCCCGAUACUGUGUGGCUCUUCCGCAGCAAAGUGGACUCAACCUGAGCCAGGCCAUUUCCAUCCCACCCUUUGCUAAUGUGUUGCAGAGGAAACUUGCUCUUUAAGCUCACAAAAACCCAGGGUGCAGCCACUAGGGGAGGUGGGUUGGGAGAGCAGAAGGGUUGCUGCAGCCAAUGGGACUCCUCAGAUUGGUUGAGAAGCUGAAGACAUUGGUGCAUGAUUGGCUGCUCUGAUAGGUGCUUUAACCCUUUGGGGGCUGGGUGAUGUUGAUUAAUACACGCUGAGGUGCACUUCUGAGCUUUUUUCCCUACUGCCCCCCACCCCCCUCCAUAACUGCUUGGAAGAGGCUGUCCUGAUGUGAGAAAUCUCUGAAAGACGAGAGCUUUUCAUUUCUCCUCUAGUUUCUUUUUUUCUAUAUUUUUAUUAUUUUUGCAGCACCACUGUGCAACUAUGCAUUGUAUUUCUCAACCUUUUAUGCUUGGUAGAUGCCUGUGACUUUUUAACUUUUGGGGGGGAUUGCAAAUGAAGGAACUUUAUACAUGGAUCUUUUUAAUCUCAGUUGAUUGGGGGGGUGUUUGGUUCUAGGGUCAUACAAGCUCUAUCCCAAAGCAAAAUCCAAAUGUUAAUAAUAUUAGCCUGAUGCAGAUACCAAAGAUAAUUUCUUUCCUGCAGAACCUUAGACUUGUGUAUUAAGUACGAUUACCCAGCACUUGCAUUAGUCUAACCUCAGUAAUUCCAAAGCUUAGAUGUAUAUUUUGGUAUAUUUCUGGGAUAUUAAAAAAAUUGUCGUUUAAAUUCUUGUUUGUUUCAGUGUAAUGCUCUUAAAGUCAUAGCAUGGAGAUAACUGAACUGUCCUAUUCUUAGUAGUUUGAAAUAAUAGUAUUUUUGUAUGUUUUGGGUGUGUCUAUGUAUGUAUUAACAUAACAGUUUUCACUGCCUAGGUGUUCAUAAUUAAAAAAAAGAAUUAAAAAGUUCUAAAGUGUACAUAAUAUUCCAUAAUGAACUUCCACCAGACUGUCAGUUUGGAUUGCAUUUUCACUGAUUGCCAUUCCCAGCUGGGAUUCCUUAUUUUUUUUUAAGGAGACAGCAUCCUUAAAGACCUGAAUUUACUUUUUACAUAACUGGGUCAAAGAGUGUUUUCCAUUAUUUUCAAGGGGGGGGGGGUGUUUUAGAAAGUGGCCCGAGAUUUAUUUAAGAAAAAUCUUGGAAGCACAUUAGUCUGAAAACUAUCAGUUUCUCGUUGAGUGAAAAGUUGGAAUUUGGGGAAAACCCUUUCCGCUGAAGCUGGCCAAUAGCUUUUAGUGAAGCAAUGAGUUGUGAAUAGUCUGUGGGGGAGUCCUUUUAUGCUUCUCUUCAGCCAAAGAUCAAUUUGCAGUCUGGGUGUUAAAACCCUUUUUCUCACCUCUCCUCCUAUACUAUCGCUUGUACACCUGGGGUCAGCUGAACACUUGAAGUCAGGGACCUUAAUGCGACACUUGUACCCAGAUGAAACACAUUCUCAUCUGGUCUUGAGACUGAAAUGUGAAAGACCUCUAUGAUUUUGAAACUGAUACCUUUUCCUUGAUGGGGGGAUAAAAGGGAUGCUGUUUCUUUAAAGAUGUCCCCCAUCCCCCCUGCCCCAGUGGCUGCCUGCAGGUGGCUAUAGGCAUUGAGAGAUUGUGUAGAUUACAGUGAAUCAGGAUGAAAUGGUAGAUUUUGUGUAGAUGCAUUUGUCUGCUGUAAUUUUUUAUAUAUAUUAAACUUACUGUAACUGUACAGUUCAUUUCUGUUGUAAACAUCAUUAAACCAUUUUCCAAGUGUUUUAACAUGUA